CCUCUGCCGGCUCCGCUAUUCCUCCUUCCCUGCCUCUCCCGCCUCUCCCAGCUCUCUCUCUAUCCCUCCUUUCUCCCACUUCCUCGUUCCUUCUUUCCUCAGCCCCCUCUCUCCUUCUUCCAUUCUUUCUCUAUCCUUCCUUCCCGCUAGUCCUCCUUCCCUGACUCUCUGUCCCUCCCUUCCUCCGGCCUUACCUUCCUCCUCGUAAACUAUUCCUCCAUUUCUGCCUCUUUCUCUCUCUCCUCCUCCUCCUCCUCUUAAACUCUCCUUCCUUCCCUGACCCUCUCUCUAUCCCUCCCUUUCAUCCUCUUAAACUCUCCCUCCAUUCCCCCUCUUCUUCCAUCCCUCCUUCCCUGACACUUUAUCCCUCCCUUUCAUCUUCUCAAACUAUCCUCUAUUCCCCCUCUUUCUCCAUCUCUCCUUCCCUGCCCCGCUCUAUCUCCCUUCCCCCCAUCCCCAUUUCCCUCCCUGCCCCCCACAGCCCCGGGGUGAGGAUGGCGUCGGCUCAGGCACCGGCCCUGCCGGAGUGGAAGCUGCAGCUGCUGGAGAGGAAGCGGAAGGAAGAGGAAGAGGCACGGCGUAGAGAGCGGGAACAGCAGGACCGCAUGGCCAAGAUGCCAGCCUGGAAGCGGGAGAUCAUCGAACGCCGCCGCGCCAAGCAGGGCUCCGGCGCCUCUUUCUCGGACCCGGAGGGUGGUGGUGGCGGAGCAGGGCCCCCCUCAGCUGUGGCGGGGCCGCCCAGCUCCGGGAUGGGCCAGGAGGAGAGUGCUGUGCUGCAGGAGAAGAUUGGCCCAGUGCACCAGAACCCCUUCAUCCAACUGGAGAAGCGGCGCAAGGAGACGGCGCCGGACGCUGAGCCGGCCGGCGCCAAGGCCAAGCAGUUGAUGGAGCUGUACAGCCAGCGCCCCGGGGUGAGGACCCUACGGGCCGACAAUGUCAUCAUCAUUGAGUCGGUGCCAGGAGCGGCACCGCCAGGGGCUGAGCGGCGGGCCGAGGCCAAAUCUGGCAGCGUGGAGUCCCUGAACGAGCUGCUGGCCCGGCACGGUGGGAGUGUGACCGAGAUCCAGGCCGGCGAAGUCUUCAUCGUCAAAUCGGCCCUCAGCCGCAGCGUGGAAGACCUCAACUCCUUCGGCCAAAGCCACAGUGAGGCCGAUUGCCGGCUGGGGCUCCGGGAGCAACGCCGCGGGCGUGUGAGCAAGUUGCUAAGCCGCUUCGGCCAGGAGGACCCACCCCCUCGCCCACUCAGGUCCCUCAGCACCGAGAACCUCGCCGAUGGCUCCUACGAACGCCCCCUGAUGGCAAGGAAACCGCCCGGCUCGGCCCAGCGCCGUAGUGGCACACCCAGCCCUCCCCGCGACCUGCCGGGCCUAGCCCCCUCGCCGCCUCCCUUCACCGUGGCUUCCUACCGCAGCCAGUUUGAAGCCAGGUCUGAGGCCUGGCCAGAGAGCCCUCCGAGGCGCUCCCCCACCAGCAAAGCGUGGGGCCAGGAGGCCACCUCACCAGAGAGGGGAGCCAGGCGUGAUGGCGGCAGCCCUCGGAGCAGGGAGGCCAAUUCACCGGACAGGGGAGCCUGGCACUGUGGAAACACAUUGGCCGUGGGGCCAGGGCCUCAAGGCACGGAGGCCGCCUCACCAGAAAGGGGAACUAGGGGUGAUGGCAGUGCCAUGGCGCCAGGACCGCGAGGCAGAGAAGCCGCCUCACCGGAGAGGGGAGCCAGGCCUGGCGGCGGUGUGUUGGCAGUGGGAUCGGGCCUACAAGCCAGAGAAGCCACCUCACCGGAGAGGCGUGACGGUGGUGGCAGCGGCUCGAGUGUGGUGAUACCGGGCCCGCCGGGCAGAGAGGUCACCUCCCCAGACAGUGGGGGUAGGGCAGACAACGGAGACGCCUCAUCCUCAGGCCUGCCUGUCGACACCAUCUUGGAUGCCGAAGCCCAGGCCAAAGCUGUGGCCAGCCUGCACCUGCACUCGCGCAACUCCUUCGUGGUGGUGCCGCGCCGGGCGGCUGCCUCCCCUCCCCCAGACCCCGGUGAGGCUUGGCAGGAAACCAGCAUUUCUCCUCCAAAGGCUGCCACUGCUCCGGCUUCCACUUCCUCCUCCUCCUCCCCUAGCCGCGAGCAGCUUCCCCUCCCGGCCAGCACCGAGGAGCCGGCCGAGGGGGAGGCCAUGAGGCGUGGGGGCCGGGGGCCCUGGGAACUGGGGGGCCCCUCUGCCCUGCCCCACCCGGCCGUGCAGCGCCGGAGCGGCAACACCAUCACCAUCAAUCCCCGCAAGGUGCCGGUGCCGGCCGUGGAGAACGGCGUGGAGGGCGAGGGGGGCCCCACGGCGCCCGAGAAGGCGGCUGGCGCGCCACUGAAGAAGCGCUACCCGACGGCAGAGGAGAUCCAGGUGAUCGGGGGCUACCUGUCCCUGUCGAAAUCCUGCCUGGCCAAGAACGACCCCCACCGCAAAAAGUUGAAGAUCUCGUUCAGUGAGAGCCAGCUGGAGUGCACCUUCCAGUACCCAUCCGAGGGGUCCCUGCUGGAGGAGUUUGGGCCCCCUGAGGAGUCGGACGCGCUGGCCUCUGCCAACCCCCAUGGGGAGGACGAUGAGGAAGAGGAGGAGCUGCUGCUUCUCCAUCGCGGCCUGCCGGGUGUGCUCAGGACCAAAUCCCUCAUCGUGGAUGAAUCCUGCAGGCGGUAACCCCGCAGAACCCCCACUCAUGGUGGGGGGACAGGGCGGGUCCAGAAGGUGCCCUGCCAUGACUGGGUCCCGACUGGCCCCUUCUCUUUCGUCUUCCAGUAAAAUCCCAGCAAGAACAAGGACUGGAGGGAGCUCAGCUCCAGUUUCCCUGGCUGUGGCUAGGCUAGAGCAGCCACCCUCCCAUUUGACUGCUCCCCUAAGG